AUGCCUGUCAAGAAGGUUUUUCUUACUGGUGCUUCAGGAUACAUUGGCGGUGAUGCUCUGUUCAGGUUGACGAAUGCCUACCCUACUUGGGAUUACUAUGUUCUUGUUAGGAGCUCCGAGCAAGGUGAGAAGAUUCAGAAAGCCUUUCCCAAUAUUAAGCUGGUAAUUGGUGGCCUUGAUGACUUUGAAGUCGUCAAGAACGCCGCAGCCGCAGCGGAUGUUGUUGUUCACACUGCUGAUUCUUCGGACCAUGCAACAUCUGCUCGCGCUAUUUCAGCUGGUCUACGAGAGACUCAUACUGCUUCCAAAUCUGGAUAUUAUAUUCACAUAAGCGGAACCGGCAUCCUUUGCUGGUAUGAUAUGGAACACAAGCGUUAUGGAGAGCAGCCUAUGGAAGAGUUUUCCUACAAUGACUUAGAGGGUGUGGAUGCUCUACUAAACCUCCCCGACCACGCCUUUCAUCGAAAUGUCGAUAAAAUUGUACUAGAAGAGGCGGCUCAGUCAGAAGGGGCCAUAAAGGCGGCCAUUGUGUGUCCACCGACGGUGUACGGUAUCGGUCGGGGUGCUAUCAACUGCAGAAGCCGCCAGGUACCUGUGAUGAUUGAUAUGAUCCUGGAAGAGGGGUAUGCACCUGUCAUAGGAGCCGGUCUCUCCGAGAAUCACAAUGUCCAUGUUCAGGAUCUCUCGAAUCUUAUCAUGCUUCUCGCAUCCCAAGCGACCAAUAUCGAAGACAGUGGUUAUGAAAAGGAGAUCUGGGGCUCCCAAGUGUACUAUCUCGCGGAAAACGGCUACCAUAACUGGAAAAACUUGGCUGUGUCAAUUUUGGAAGAGGCCGGCAGACAGGGCCUGGUAGAAGGAACUGGAGCCAGGGAGCUUUCCUGCAAAGUUCCCCAAGUCAGGGACGAUUUUGAGAAGCUCUCAUGGGGCCUCAAUAGCAAAGGUGAAGCACGUCGAGCUCGCAAGUACCUUGGGUGGAACCCUACAAUGCCCAGCCUAAAGGAGUCCCUCCCUGGAAUGGUUCGUUGGGAGGCAGAGAGAAGAAAUCAAUGA